AUGUGUUCGACAAACCAAAAAUUAACCUGCUGCUCUGGGGAUAACGUUUUUGAGUCUAAGGAGAACGAGAAUGACUCAUAUCCACAAAUGGUAAAUAAACAGUUGCCACCAAAAGUGUUAGAACCAAUUGUACAAAAUAAAAUUGUUGAAGUCCCCAAGGAAGUAUAUCUAGAGAAAAUUGUAGAAGUUCCCCAAAUAAAAACCGUUGAAAGAAUUGUAGAACAAAUUAGACCAAUCAUACAGUAUAAAAAUGUUUACAAAACAAAAACAGUGUAUGUUGAAAAGAUUAAAAAUAUUGAUAGAAUUAUUUAUCAAGAAAAGAUUAUUGAAGUUCCACAAAUAAAAACAGUCGAAAAAGUAGUAGAAGUACCAGUAUACGUUAAUAGAGAAAGAAUUAUAACAGUACCAAGAUACAUGGUAGUAGAAAAAGUAAUACCUGUAUUGAAAACAUCCAGAAAAGAAAGUACUAAGGAAAUUCCAGAAAUUAAUUGUCCAAAUAUUGAUAUUACUAAAGAAGUUGAAGAAAAGGAAGAAAUAGCAGUAGAAGAUAUAAAAGAAAAUCAAACAAUUAAUGUUUCAUAUGAAAAAAGUAUUAGCUUAAUGAAUGAAUUAAAUAUUCAAAAACUUAAUUCAAAUGGAACUCUUAAUGCUGACGCUGAUCAAGAUACAACUAUGGACACUGUAAAUCAAGAAAAUUUUUGCACAACAGUAAGCUGCAAAUUCUUACCGAUAUAUGACAACUUUCCUAAAUUUCAAUCAUCUGUAUGUAAAGGACUUCCAGAAAGAGAAAAAAGAUUUUCAAGUAUGAGCAUAUAUAAAUCAAAAGAUUCUGGUUUCCCUAAAAUUAGAAUUUCUAAAACUCCACAGUUUAUGCAGAAAAAUUGCUACUGUAACUAUGCUUGA